AAAAAGAUAAAUGGAUACCUUAAUACCUCGUCAACCAAACACUUCUUUUUUUGGUUCUUUGAAUCGCGUGGAAAUCCACAAAAGGAUCCUUUCUUACUAUGGUUGAAUGGCGGGCCUGGUUGUUCUUCAAUGACUGGGCUGUUUAUGGAACUAGGACCUUGUCUAGUCGAUCGUCAAGGAAAAUCAGUUUCUUUUAACCGAAAUUCGUGGAAUAAACAUGCCAACAUACUGUUCUUGGAUCAACCUAUCAGUUCUGGAUAUUCCUAUGGUCAAAGUAGAGUAUCUGAUAGUGGUACAGCAAUAGAAGAAGUCUACGAGUUUCUUCAACUCUUUUUUACCCAAUUCAAUGAAUACGCUCCGUUGGAUUUUCACAUUGCUGGUGAAUCAUAUGCUGGCCACUACAUUCCUCCGCUUGCAACUCUUAUCACCAGAGAAAAUCGGAAAAUAAACGAUUUUUCAAACCUUUUCCAUCGAAAGAUGACCCCACACUCGGUGGUACUUAAACUCAAGAGUAUUGCAAUCGGUAACGGAAUGGUCGAUCCGCUGACCCAAUACAAAUCAUUCAGUCAAAUGGCCUGUAAGAACUCAUACGCACCUGUCCUGACACAAACAGCUUGCCGAAAGAUGGAUGAAGCUUAUCCCCACUGCGCACAGCUAAUCAAACGAUGUUAUGCUGAGAAAGACUCUUAUUAUUGUGAAGAAGCCACUACAAAAUGUAAUGAAGCCAUGCUAGUGCCAUUUAUGAACACCGGAAAAAGUGUGUAUGAUGUACGCAAAGAAUGCAAAGGUGGUCCAUUGUGCUAUGAGCAUAUGUACGCAGUUGAACAAUAUCUUCGAAAACCCGAAGUUAUUCGUGCUUCACACAGUCAGAUCACAACAUUCAAGACAUGUAACUCGGCUGUCAACCACCGGUUUGUGGUGAAUGGUGAUUGGAUGAAACCUUACCACGCCUCGGUUCCACGCCUGUUGGACGAAGGCAUCCGAGUCUUAUUGUAUGCUGGAGACGCAGACUAUAUCUGUAAUUGGAUUGGGUACAAAGAUUGGGCAAAAUCGAUCGCCUGGUCGCAGCAAAAUGAGUUUAACCGAGCGUUUGAUAUUCCCUGGAUCUCCAAAUCUACAGGAAGAAUAGCAGGCGAGAUACGCCAGACUCGCAAUGGUAGAUUGACUUUCUUGAAGAUGUACAAGGCAGGACACAUGGUACCUUAUGAUCAGCCAGAGCAUUCUCUUGACAUGAUCCACGCUUGGACUCAGGGCAUUCUAGGUCAUCGUUUAUAG